AUGGAUCCUUUUUUGGAUAAGGCGAUGCAUGGUAUGACUUUAGAAGAGGGUGAAGAGCCGUUCGUUAUUCCGGAUUUGCCGGAUUAUUACUCUACAGAGCGGAACGCUGUAAGUUUGGUGGGGAGAUUGCUUAAUCCCCAGUGUCAAAAUAUUUCAGAGGUUAUUCUGGAGAUGCCUAGGAAGUGGAGGCUUUAUGAUCGGGUUAGAGGUGUGGCCCUUUCUAGAGACAGGUUCCAGUUUAUCUUCAAGCAUGAGCAUGACUUGUUAGAUGUUUUGAACAAAGGUGUUCAUACUAGUAAUCAGUGGACACUGGCAAUGGAAAGGUGGGUGGAGAGACCACCUCCGGACUAUUUGCAGUUCAUUGAGGUUUGGGUUCAGAUGCGUAAUAUUCCAGUGAAUCAUUAUACGAAGGCGGCGUUAACGUCGCUAGGAGAUUUUGCUGGCCAAGUCAUCGAAGUAGCGUUUGAUCCAGAUAAACCUCAACUCAAAGACUAUAUAAGAGUCAAGGUUAAGUUUGAUCUUUCUAAACCUCUUAGGCGCUUCAAAACGGUUACUGUUCCUGGAGGAGAGGUGGUGAAAAUUCUGUAUGACUAUGAGAGAUUGCAAAAAAGAUGCUACUCUUGUCAAAGGCUAACUCAUGAACAGUCCCAAUGUCCUUUCUUUCAAGCGGCUUAUGCUCAUGCGGAGAUGAAAGGAAAAGCUGUAGAAAAAUUUCAAAGUCAGCUUGCGGAGAGAGUAAUUAAAGAGGAUGAUCCACUUUUUGGAGUGGUGCUUGAUUCCCAAGUUGGGAUCAAUCCUUUGAAUGGGCAACUUUGUGCGACUAAUUUGCUUUAA